GUUCACCAUCACAUAGUUCACAGUUCCCCUUUCUUCUUCCUCCAUAAUCAAAAGCUCUCUCUCAAAUUUUUAAAAAAAACUUAAAAGGCUCCCUUUUUUUUAAAAGAAAAAUUUAAAUGGCCGUCGAUUCCGCAAUCUCGUCUCCUUUGGGUCCGCCGGCAUGCGAGAAAGAUGCAAAAUCUUUGCGAUUCAUCGAGGAAAUGACUCGGAACGCCGACUCGGUUCAAGAACGAGUUUUGUCCGAUAUCUUAACUCAAAACUCCCAAACCGAGUACCUUCGGAGGUUCAAACUCAAUGGGGCAAGCGAUCGUGACUCGUUCAAAUCCAAACUUCCGGUCAUUACUUACGAAGACCUUCAGCCUGAAAUCCAACGUAUUGCUAAUGGCGACCGUUCCGCCAUUUUAUCAGCUCACCCAAUCUCAGAAUUCCUCACCAGCUCCGGGACUUCAGCUGGUGAGAGGAAACUGAUGCCAACUAUUAAAGAAGAGCUAGAUCGCCGCCAGUUGCUCUACAGUUUGCUCAUGCCAGUGAUGAAUCUUUAUGUGCCGGGUUUAGACAAAGGCAAGGGCUUAUAUUUCUUGUUCGUCAAAUCGGAAACAAGAACCCCAGGUGGUCUGUUAGCUCGACCGGUGCUGACCAGUUAUUACAAGAGCGAGCAUUUCAAGACCCGACCGUACGACCCAUACAACGUUUACACCAGCCCCAACGAAGCCAUCCUUUGUCCUGAUUCCUUCCAAAGCAUGUAUACACAGAUGCUUUGUGGUCUCCAAGACCGCCAUCAAGUCCUCCGUGUCGGCGCGGUGUUCGCCUCCGGUCUCCUCCGUGCAAUCAGGUUCCUUCAGCUUAAUUGGCGACAACUCUCUCAGGAUAUCGAAACGGGUACCUUGAAUCAAAAGGUAACCGACCCGUCAUUAAGGGAAUGUAUGGGUAAGAUCCUGAAACCCGACCCGGAACUAGCUCGGUUUGUCCGCCGUGAAUGUUCGAAGGAAAGCGGGGAAGGGAUUAUUACAAGGAUUUGGCCUAAUACUAAGUACCUCGACGUUAUAGUAACGGGUGCUAUGGCACAGUAUAUUCCGACCUUGGAUUAUUACAGUGGUGGGUUACCUAAGGCAUGUACAAUGUACGCUUCAUCGGAAUGUUAUUUUGGGUUAAACCUUAACCCCAUGUGCAAACCAUCGGAAGUUUCGUAUACUAUCAUGCCGAACAUGGCGUAUUUCGAGUUCUUACCUCAUGAUCCUAACUCAGCUGGGUUCACUCGUGACUCACCUCCUAAACUCGUUGACCUUGUUGACGUGGAAAUCGGGAAAGAAUACGAGCUCGUAAUCACGACCUAUGCCGGAUUAUGCAGGUACCGAGUCGGCGACAUUUUACGAGUCACGGGAUUCCAUAACUCAGCCCCACAGUUCCAUUUCGUGAGGAGGAAGAACGUGUUGCUCAGCAUCGACUCGGACAAAACCGACGAAGCCGAGUUACAAAAAGCCGUCGAGAACGCUUCUCGGCUCCUCCGAGAAUUCAACACCAGCGUCGUCGAGUACACGAGUUACGCCGACACCAAAACCAUCCCCGGCCACUACGUUAUAUACUGGGAAUUGUUGGUGAAAGACGCCGCGAACUCCCCCACCGACGACGUUUUGAAACAGUGCUGUUUAGCAAUGGAAGAAUCGAUGAACUCGGUGUACCGACAAGGCCGAGUUGCUGACAACUCAAUCGGCCCACUCGAAAUCCGGGUGGUGAGAAACGGCACGUUUGAAGAACUCAUGGAUUACGCCAUAUCAAGAGGAGCUUCCAUUAAUCAAUACAAGGUUCCAAGGUGUGUUAACUUCACACCCAUCAUGGAGUUACUGGACUCUAGAGUGGUAUCUACACAUUUUAGCCCAGCUUUACCACAUUGGACCCCUGAAAGGCGAAGAUGAUGAUGAUGAUGAUGAUUCAGUGACUCAGUUAUUCAUUUAGGCACCCACCACCGACCAGGAAUUAGUUUAUAAUCUGUAGAUUCUUUUUCGUUUUGCAUUAUAUAUAUAUAAACCUACUGUAGCUUAUGGUGUAUAACUUGAUUAGGAUGUUUGAGGGUCAGGAUUUUGUAAUUUGGGGAUUCAGAGGAUAUAUGAUGUUUGUCCUCUGGAUUGUUUCUUUCAUGUAAUGAAAAAAAAAAAACAGAGAUAAUGUUGCUGUUUUUAGUA